AUGUUGGCACGCAUGUUCAGGCUACAGUGCGAGCUAGUGUGCGAGGUGAGCCAGCUGCUGCUGCUGCUGGCCAUGGAGCCGCCGGCCGCGCAGCGGAAGCCGGCCCACACCCGGCUGCUGGAGAGCUUCGGCGGCGGCGAGACGACGCGGCAGAGAGGAGGCCACAUCGGCGAGUCGCUCCGCCUGCUGCUGCAGUCGCUGACGCUGGCAGUGCGCCGGCGCCACCUGCCGGCGCUGUACGCCCUCGAGGGCGACCUGCGGCCCCUGCUCGACGACAGUCAGCGCCAGCUGCUGUCCCGGCUAGUGCAGCAGGUGGAGACGCGCCAGCGAGCCGAGCGAUGAGCGCGAACGGUGGCGGUCCGCCGCCGGACGCGCGGCUCGGUGGCUGGUGACCUGCCGCCGCCGAGCCGCCGCGCCAGGGAGACGACGGCUCCGGCGGUAGUCGAUCGUGCAGGGGUCGUACCCCGUGAUGACGUACCGGACGCCAGCGGCCGACGGCCUGCUGGUGACCUGCCGCCGCCGCCGCCGCGCCAGGGAAACGGCGACUCCGACGAUAGCCGAUCGCGCAGGGGUGGUUCCCCGUGAUGACGUGCCGGACGCCAGCGGCCGACGGCCUGCUCGGAGCCGGGGCCGGCCGUGUUCACGGAGGACCCGCUGUGGAGAGCGAGCCGUGCUCGUCCCAGGAAGGACGGCCCCCGGCGGGGCGGUGCAGAACGGUGGGCCAGCCUGUGAUCUGUUAUGUGUUGUUUUUAGUGAUAUGGGAUGCUAUGGCUUCUUGUGAUAAUAUGCAGAGAUGUACUACAAGCGAGGUUGCGCAGCGGUUUUGAUGGUUUGUGGCCUGUGUUGUCUUCUGUCGUUAAAAUAUAUUCUUCAUAGUU